CUUCUUCUUUUGGGGCAGAUAGCUGUACUAGGAGCUAGCUACUCCAGCGAGGCAUGAGCUAGCCUCUAGAUUAUCCAACUUGGUUUAUCCGCCAUGCUUUGGGGACGAUCCAGAUGAGCUCAUCGGGGCCUCGCGAUGCUGCCACUUCCUUCGUCACGAGAGUCGUCAGUGCGAGGGAUCAGGAGGGGAACGGCGGCGGCGCGAGGAUGAGGAUGAGGAUCAAGUACUCGAGGGAUUUCCUGCUGGCCGUGGGCGGCUCGGAGGCCUGCCGCCGCGGCAAGCCGCUGCCCGCCGACAUGCGCGCCUCCGUGCUCAUCAUGGCGGGCAUGCAGCUCUGGAGCAUGGACCCGACGGCAGCGACGACGACGGACCAGCUGCAGGGGGAGAGGACUACAGAGGGCGGCGACGGCACGGCGGCGGGAAGCUCGGUCGGCGCGCCAGAACCGGAUGCACUUCAAAUCGGUAUGAGAAGCAAAUCGAAGCCAUGCACCGAAUUUUUCAGUACUGCUGGUUGUCGCUCUGGUGAGAACUGCCUCUUCAUCCAUAACAUCACUGCCGAUUACCAGACUGUUGCGGAUGUAAGAGUUCUGGGUAGUCCCACUGCUCCUGAGCAUCCUCCAGGAAGUAUACCAACGGGACCUCCUGUUCCUGAUGGCCUGCCUACACCAACCGUUAAAGCUCCCCCAUGCAACUCUGCACACAAUGAGAAGGAGCUCGACAAGCCAAGGUCCAUGGACAAAUCUACUCCACCACUCAUCGAUGAAAAGCCCACGGGUCACUAUGCACCUCAACCAAUGCGGAACCCUGCCAUGGCGGGCUUCGACGCUUCUGCAACAGCCAAAAUCAGUGUCGAUGCAGCCGUCACAGAUGCCAUCAUCGGGAGGGGCAGAGAUAAUGUGAAACUGAUAUCCCUGGGGCGAGGAUCACGGUCAUUUCAAACCGGCGUAGGAAGCAAAUCUAAGCCAUGCAUCACAUUUUUCAGUACCAUUGGUUGUCCCUUUGGUGAGGGUUGCCAUUUUCUCCAUCACUUCCCUGGCGGCUACCAGGCUAUAGUAAACAUGAGCAUCCUGGGUGGCCCAACAUUUGCUCAUCCUCCAGGAAUAAUGCCAAUGAGACCUGCUGUUCCCAAUGGCCCUUCUACAUCAACUGUCAAGACUCGCUUGUGCAGAAAUUAUAACACUGCGGAGGGAUGCAAAUGGGGUGAUAAGUGCCACUUUGCACAUGCUGAGAGGGAGCUCGGCAAGCAUACUUUCAUGGACAGUUCAGUUCCACCCCACAUGGGACCAAGGCCCACCAGUCACUUUGCACCUCCGGCAAUGCCCAACCCUGGCAUGUUCACUCCAGCAAGCUUCGGAGCUUCUGCCACAGCCAAGAUCAGUGUUGAUGCAUUCCUUGCAGGUGCCAUCAUAGGCAGAGGUGGAAUGAACACAAAGCUGAUAUCCCAAAUCACCGGUGCCAAGCUGGCCAUCCGGGAUCACGAGUCAGAUGCCAGCGUGAAAAACAUUGAGCUUCGGGGCACAUUUGAUCAGAUCAAGAAUGCUGGCACUAAGGUCAGGGAGUUGAUUGUCAGCUUUGGCGUCAACAAUGCCCCUCCACCGGGCAGGAACUCAGCUGGAGGAAGUCACCUAAUUGGUGGAGUGCCACGAAGCAGCUUCAAGACCAAGCUGUGUGAGAACUUCGCCAGAGGAUUAUGCACUUAUAAUGACAAAUGCCGCUUUGCCCAUGGCGAAAAUGAGCUGCGCAAGUCGGCUGCUGUGUGAGGUCCAUCCAUCCAGGUUUGUAGCAGUGAGAUCCAUGUGGUUUUUAGUGAUUAAUUAGUUCAUGUAACUGUAAACUUGAGGGCUCAUAAUGAAUUUCUGUCUGUGCCUGGGCUUAAUGCCAUCAAUUUUAUGGAAUUCAUAUUGCAUCUUAUUCCCAGAAAAA